AUGGCGUCCUGUCGUCUGGGAAACAAGCGGACAGGCCAGAAUAGCCCUGCUGUGGGAACCACAACCCACGCAAGUCCCGCGGGCUCGCUCCCCAGGACCCUCCCCCUCAUGGCUGCCCUGCUGCGUGACCCACGCAUCCCGCUCGGAGCAUCCCCGCCGGCGGCCCCCCGCCUGCUUCUGCUCCUGCUCCUCCUGCCUCCUGCCCAGGCUGCCCCCGGGGCCCACGGACGCCCCCUGAGCAAGGUCGUUGCCUUGAACGUGAACGUGGCCUGUGGUCGCCGUUACAUACAGGGGAAGAUUGUGGGGGGCGUGGAUGUCCUGGAGAGGAAGUGGCCAUGGCAGGUGAGCGUGCACUACAGAGGCUUCCACGUCUGUGGAGGUUCCAUCAUCAGUGAGUACUGGAUCCUGUCGGCAGCCCACUGCUUCGAUAGGGAUAAGAACAUUGUGGCUUUUGACAUGUAUGUCGGCAUGGUGGACCUCAGGUUUGCCAGCAAUCACACCCAGUGGUUUGAGGUGAACAAGGUGAUCGUGCACCCUACAUACCAACUGUACCACCCUGUUGGAGGUGACAUCGCCCUGGUGCAGCUGAAAUCUCGCAUUGUGUUUUCUGACUCUGUGCUCCCUGUUUGCAUCGCACCCCCAGAUGUGAACCUUCAUAAUGUUACUUGCUGGGCUACAGGAUGGGGACUCAUCUCCCCACAAGGCUAUGUCACAGACCACCUGCAGGAGGCGCAGAUGCCUCUCAUCUCAUUGCCACUGUGCCAGCUGCUCUACGGACAACUGUCGUAUAUUAUGUUGGACAUGCUGUGUGCUGGGGACAUCAGGAAUGUCAAGACGGUGUGCGAGGGUGACUCUGGGGGUCCACUCGUCUGUGAACUCAACCGUACCUGGUUGCAGGUUGGAAUAGUGAGCUGGGGCCGCGGUUGUACAUACCCUAUGUACCCUGCGGUUUACACUCGGGUCUCCUAUUUCUCAAAAUGGAUCCAUUAUCACAUAAAGAACACACCCCCACCUUCUCAGCCGCUCCCGGCCCUCUCCCCCAUGCUGGGGGCCACCAUCAGCAUCCCUGUGACCAUGCUGGCUGUCCUGUCAACCUUGUGA